CCAAAUGGUGAUUCAUGAACAGAGUUGUUUAGCUCAGUUCAAGGUGUUGUGUAUGGCUAGUUACACAACUCCUUGCCAGAUUUGGCCACAUACCCAAGAGUUCUUUACCUUCUUUCUUCCAUAAUCCCCUGUGCAUCUUCAAAGCGGUAUUACCUAUCACAAAACUAAAACUUCAGGUAAACUCAAUUGUUCAGUACCCGACACAUUUUACAGCGCCCCUUCUUUCAAUUGACCGUUUAGUCUCAUCUGGUUAUGAUCAAUACUGUUCUUUGGAUCAAAUUGUCAUGAUCAACACACUGUUCAGUGUAACAUAUUUUAUUUCCGGCUUAUCAGAACCUUUGGCUUGUUUGUUGCUUCUCUCACACUCUGCAAGUCUCCCCCAUACAUUGAAAUUACAUUCUAUGCUUCCCCUUUUUAAACUAGGUAAAAUAUUGUGAUGGCCGGCACGAGGCCUUCCAUGGUUUUGAUCGAUCUGAUCCGAAGAGGGUAAUAUAAUCAUUGUUUUUGCCGUCACUUUCCAUUGGCUUUUGUUCUAGCUUCACUCCAGCGGAUUCUACCAAGACCACCUUCAUCUCCUUCAACCCAUAAUCCCAUCAUUCUGCCAACACCAAAACAAGAAUUAAGCUAGAAACCUCCAUCAGUUUCUUCUUCAUAGUCUCAUAUGGAUGCAGCUGCGUCAUCAUCUUCAACUUCUUCAUCAUCUAGUCCACCCUCUAAUUGGGAGCAUGAUGUGUUCCUCAGUUUCAGGGGCAAGGACACCCGCCAUGGUUUCACAGACCAUUUAUACUUUGCUCUGAAUCAGAGAGGAAUUGACACAUAUAGGGAUGCAGAGAAACUUCCAAGGGGAAAGUACAUGUCUUUAGAACUUGUCGAAGCAAUUCAGGAGUCAAGGUUUGCGGUCAUUGUUCUUUCAGCUAACUAUGCCACUUCAAGUUGGUGUUUAGGUGAGCUUGCUCAUAUUCUUGAAUGCAAGAAACUGAGGGGACUGGAAGUUCUUCCGGUUUUUUACCAUGUAGAGCCAUCCGAGAUAAGGAAGCAAGCUGGAGGGUUGGGCAUGGAGAUUGCCAAGCAUGAGAUGGAUUUCGAGGAGAAGAGAAGGAAGGUGGACAAGUGGAAGGAAGCUUUGAAGGAGAUAGCCAGUCUCUCCGGAUGGCAUGUCACCAAGGACAGGGGAGAAUCAGAAGUUAUUCAGGAAAUAGUUAAAUGUAUUUCAGACAUGUUGAACAACAUGUUAUGCAACCCGGACAGAGAUUUAAUUGGGAUGGAUGCACGUAUUGAGAAAAUGGAGUGGUACUUGGAUCUAAGGUCGAGUGAUGUUCUUGCGGUAGGGAUUUGGGGGAUGGGGGGAAUUGGUAAGACAACUCUGGCAAAAGAAGUUUUCAAAAAGAUUCGUAACCAAUUUGAUAUUAGCGGUUUUGUUUCCGAUGUGAGAUUGUAUUCAGAAGAAAAGGCUCUAGUUGAGUUGCAGAAACUUCUUUGUGGUUCCUUCUUCGGGGACAGCAAUAUAAAUAUAGACACUGUCGAAAGAGGGAUCAGGUUAUUGAAGAAGGUACUAUGCAAGAAAAAGGUGCUUCUCGUACUAGAUGACGUUGACAAACUUAAACAACUGAAAGAUUUAGCACCUGGAAUGCAUAAUGAAGAGAAUUCUUGGGCGCCAGGGAGUCGACUCAUUAUAACAACUAGAGAUAGGCGCAUAUUGACAGAAUGUGGAGUACUGGAGUCUAAAAUAUAUGAGGUUGAAAAACUGAGUGAUGUAGAAGGAUUUCAGCUCAUAUGUCAACAAGCCUUCAAGAAAAACUAUCCACCAGUUGAGUUUGUAGAGCUGUCCAAGAGUUUCAUAAAAUAUGCCAGUGGCCUUCCUUUAGCUCAUAAAGUUCUAGGAUCACACUUGUAUGGUAGGGAGAUAGAUGAAUGGUUAGAGGUGUUGUAUAGACUGGACGAAGAGCUGGAUAAAGAUAUUUUUAGUGUGCUCCAAAUAAGUUUUGAUGGAUUACAUGAGACUGAUAAGAAAAUCUUUUUGGACAUUGCAUGUUUCUUCAAUGGUGAGGAUCAUGUUCGUGUAAAAAAUAUAUUGAAAGGUUGUGGCUUUUCUUCCGGAAUAGGCAUAACUAACCUUAUCAAUAAAUCUUUGAUUAAGAUUGAAAGGAAGAAACUGUGGAUGCAUGAUUUACUGCGGUGCUUGGGUUGGCAUAUUGUCCGUAGAGAAUCUGUUGUCCCAGGUAAACGUAGCAGGUUGUGGCUUGAUGACAAAUCAUUUGACUACAAACGCAGAAGGUUAUGGCAUGUGGAGGAUGCUCACAAUGUAAUCACGGAAAAUACAGGAACAACUUCUAUUGAAGGCUUGUUCUUAAGCUUGCAUGAAAAAGAAGAAAUACGUUUGAAUGAAGACCCGUUCUUAACUAUGCACAACCUAAGAUUGUUGAAGAUUUGUAAUGUGAACUUUCAUGGUGUGCAGUUCACCUAUCUUUCUAGAAAAUUACGGUUUUUGGAAUGGCAUGAAUGCCCCCUAGAAUCUUUGUCAUCUUGCUUUACACCGGAUUCACUAGUAAGCCUGGUUGAAUUAAAGAUUCCUAACAGCCGCAUUGAACAAGUAUGGAAUGGAAGGAUAUCUCUGGAAAUGCUAAUACUCAUGGAUCUUUCCAACUGCCAAUAUUUAACGAUGACCCCGGACUUCAGUACGGUCCCGAAUCUUGAGCAGUUGAUCCUCCAAGGUUGUAAGAAGUUAUCAGAGGUUCACCAUACAAUCGGGAAUCUUCAGAAACUGGGAUGUUCAAAACUCCAAGAGUUUCCGCAGAUUUUGGAGAAUAUGGAUACGUUAUCAGAACUUUAUCUAGAUGGCACGGCUAUUUGGCAACUACCUGAAUCAAUCCAGCAUUUGAAAGGCCUUGUUUGGCUAAAUCUAAGCGGCUGCACGAACCUUCUCAGUAUUCCAAGCAUCCUUUGUAGUAGUUUGACAUCCCUGAAAUUUCUCUGUCUGUCACUGUGCUCAAGUAUGGACAAUCUGCCGGAUAACAUAGGCUCCUUGGAACACUUGGAGGAGCUCGAUGCAUGUUUAGAAUUGCCAAACAAGUUCUCAGGCUUGAGGUCUUUGACAACACUAAACCUAGGUGGAUGUAAUCUCGCAGAAGGUGCAAUCCCUGAUGACAUUGGUCAUUUAUUCUCAUUGCAGAGUCUUGAUUUAAGUGAGAAUGACUUUUUCACCAUACCUGAAAGCAUCUCCCAGCUUUCUGAGCUUACAGAAAUUUCGCUGUUUAAGUGUAGCAAUCUACAGUCAUUGCCAAAAGAUCUUCCAUCAAGUCUAAGAAAUGUAAAUCUGCGUGGUUGUCCUAUGCUGACAAAUGCUUCAUCUAAUUGGAGGAGAUAUCCGCCUCAAAAGGUUUUGAGUAUCAUAAACUGUCGAAGACCAGAACACGAGGAGGAGGAGGAAAUCUUUCCUGAACUCCAUAAGUUUCGUUUAGGAAAUCUGGAAGUACUCGAUCUUUCCUACUGCCAACACUUGAAGAAGGUCCCUGACUUGAAUGGGGUUCCAAAUCUUAAGAAACUGAACCUUGAAGGUUGUGAAAAGCUAUCUGAGGUUCACCCUACAGUUGGGCGUCUCCAACAUCUGAUUGUUCUGAAUAUGAAAGGAUGUGUUGAUCUAUUGAAAUUUCCCCGUUCCAUCAGCUUGAAGUCUCUAAAAUUAUUUGAUCUUUCAGGAUGUUCAAAACUGAAAGAGUUUCCAGAGAUUAAUGGAGAUAUGGGGAAAUUUUCACAACUGCAUUUAGAUGGGACGGCAUUAAAUUACCUGACUGGUUCUCGAAUUUAA